CAAACACGUUGUAGAUGUCACCUUCAUCAUCCCUCCUCUCAUCACAACCCAUCACAACCCAUCACAACCCAAUGUCAAUGUCUUAUCUCAGACGGCUCCCUUACGCCAUCUGCUCCUCAGCCGAGACGCCUAACGGCAAUCCACAUCAAAAGUGACAUCAGAUCCUCUCCAGACGCCGCCCCGCCACCCGAACAUCAAGUUCCAAUGUUUAGUCACCAUUCCAUCAUCCUAACAAGAUGCAUCAUGUCUUGACCAUAAUUCUAAAUUUCAAUCAAUCUCUAUUUUCCCUUCUCUUCUAUACAUUCGUUUUCAUCUCUACCAUCUGCAUGCUCUUCAAUCACGCCUCCCGUCUCGUCCGCCCGACCUUGAAACCCAGGACCCCAGAGAUCGCUCGUCCCGUUGCCCGCAUGAGACUUGCCCAGAUGGCCUCACACAUUGCCAAUGGUCACCAUUCCAAUGGCCACCAGGAACCCAGUGCCACCCUAGCAGACAUCCCCAAAUCCAACAACUUCACCACAAACCUCCCACCGGAUCCUCAGUAUCCCACCCCUCUCGAUUCUCACAAGGCCCCGCGACAAAAACUCGGCCCCCGCCUCGUCAAAGGCGCAUUGUACACAUAUGUCAGACCUGAGCCUACGGAGGAACCUGAACUUCUUGCAGUCAGCAAGGCAGCUCUGCGAGACCUUGGACUCGCCCAGUCCGAAGCUCAGUCAGAAGAAUUAAAACAAGUCGUCGCCGGCAACAAAUUUUAUUGGGACGAGGAAAAUGGUGGCAUAUAUCCCUGGGCGCAGUGUUACGGAGGUUUUCAGUUCGGCUCCUGGGCUGCCCAGCUGGGUGACGGCCGUGCGAUUUCACUAUUUGAAUCCACCAAUCCAGCCACAAAAGUUCGUUACGAAUUACAAUUGAAAGGUGCCGGAAAGACACCAUAUUCCCGCUUCGCCGAUGGCAAGGCCGUUCUGCGAUCCAGCAUCCGCGAAUUUGUUGUUUCUGAGUACCUCAACGCCCUGGGAAUCCCCACCACACGCGCUCUCUCUUUGACUCUAUGUCCCAAAUCUCAGGUUCUCCGAGAGCGCAUUGAACCCGGCGCCAUCGUUUGCAGAUUUGCCCAAUCGUGGCUCCGCUUCGGCACUUUCGACCUGAUGAGAUCACGCGGAGAUCGAGACCUGAUCCGUAAGACCGCCACUUACGUCGCCGAGGAGGUCUUUGGAGGGUGGGACAAACUUCCUGCAGUUCUCGGAGACGACAAAGAAGCGUACCGGGACCCCGCUCGGGGUGUGGGCAAGGACGAGCUUCAAGGAAAAGAAGGGGCUGAAGAGAAUCGCUUCACUAGACUCUACCGCGAGAUCGCAAGGCGCAACGCUAAGGUCGUGGGCAUGUGGCAAGCAUAUGGAUUCAUGAAUGGAGUGCUCAACACCGACAACACAUCCAUCUUUGGCUUGUCCAUGGACUACGGUCCAUUUGCGUUUAUGGAUAACUUUGACCCGGCCUACACACCUAACCACGACGACCACAUGCUGCGCUAUAGCUACCGAGCACAGCCAUCUAUCAUCUGGUGGAAUCUGGUACGGCUGGGUGAGGCUCUUGGUGAGCUGAUCGGUGCCGGCGAACGGGUUGAUGACCAGGUCUUUGCCGAAAAAGGCGUUGAGGAGGAUUUUGCACCAGUGCUCAUUAAACGAGCCGAGACCAUCAUCGACCAAGUCAGCGACGAGUACAAAGCCGUCUUCCUAGGCGAGUACCGUGACCUGAUGACGCUACGCCUGGGACUCAAGACCCAGAAAGACAGCGACUUCGACAAGCUUUUCUCGGAGUUGCUCGACACCAUGGAAGCGCUGGAGCUUGACUUCAAUCACUUCUUCCGUCGGCUGUCGUCAGUCACACUACAAGACGUAUCCACCAAGGAAUCCCGUGAAGCCACAGCCGAAAAGUUCUUCCACACCGAAGGCGUCACCGGCUUGAACGAGACCAACGAAAGCGGCCGCGUUCGCGUGGGCAAAUGGUUAGAGUCGUGGCGCGAACGCAUCAUCGAAGACUGGGGCAGCGACGACGCUUCGGCCGACGCUGAACGUGAAAAGGCCAUGAAGGCCGUCAACCCCAACUUUGUGCCUCGCGGCUGGCUACUCGACGAAAUCAUCGAUCGAGUGGAGAAAAAGAAUGAUCGAGAGAUCCUCGACGGCGUCAUGCAAAUGUCUCUCAACCCCUUUGAAGAUUCUUGGGGCUGGAAUCAAGACACAGAGAGCAGAUAUACUGGCGAUGUGCCUAGACUGCAACGCGCCAUCCAAUGUAGUUGUUCUUCUUAGCGUGUCGUGUUGGUCUCCAUGCUGAAGCCAUAAAAGGUAUACACAUACAUACCUUGUCUUAUAUAAUAUAUCGAUCUAUACAACCAUCGAUAGAUCGAUCCAUCCGAUUCUACUUCUACC